GCUGUUGAUGUCUUUCUGCAUUUACCCCUAACAUUCCAUUGCCCCUUUUGACCACCUUCCUCCUUCCUCCUUCCUCCUUCCUUCCUUCCUUCCUUCUCCCUGUCGAGUUCUCCGAUACCGGGUUCCGGUUUUCCAGAGCCCACAACUUUGAAGAUAAAAUAAGCGGAUUUUAUAACUGGGUCUUGCAGUCCUGUUUUAGUCUUUGUUUAGUUCUUUGGUGGGCGUGUCUGUUUCGAAGUUUGAAGCGGCUCCGGCUACCUCAAUACCUAAAGUUUUCAUCUUUAUCUAUCUCGCUUUGAUUCAUGAAAUAUUCGAUAUUACCCACAAAGACUUCGCCUUUCUCUAAUUAGACAUAAUUAAGGGAUAGUUUUUGUUUCUUGAGAAUUUCGUUUCUUUGCUUUUACAUUUACGCGUUUCUGCAGUUUUUAUUUCGUUGUUUGGGAGGGAGAAUUCAAAGAAUACUGCAAUACAGAAUUUUGAAGGUGGAAAAUGAAGAGGGGUGAAAUGUUUUUGUUAUGGUUUUCUGUGUGGGGUUUGUUUGGAGAGAGAGUUUUGGCGGCAACGGCGACUAGUAGUACAGAGCAGAGGGAGCUUAAUCAGACUCCGACAUGGGCGGUGGCCAGCGUCUGUGCUGUGAUCAUCAUCAUCUCGAUUCUCCUGGAAAAGUCGCUUCACAAACUUGGAACGUGGUUCACAGAUAGGCAAAAGAGAGCCCUUUUCGAAGCCUUGGAGAAAGUCAAAGCUGAGCUGAUGGUUCUGGGUUUCAUUUCACUGCUGCUGACUUUUGGACAGAAUUACAUAAUCAGGAUCUGCGUUCCUGCAAAGGUUGCAGAAACGAUGUUGCCCUGUAAAGCUGAAGACAGUAGCAGUGAGGGGGAAAGUCGGCGGAAACUCUUGUGGUUUGAGCAAAGAUUAUUAGCUUCUGCUGACACUUCUUCUUUCGAAUGUAAGACGGGGCAUGUGCCGCUUUUUUCCGUCAAUGGGUUGCAUCAGUUGCACAUCCUCAUUUUCUUCUUGGCAGUUUUUCAUGUUUUAUAUAGUUUCAUUACAAUGAUGCUUGGGAGGCUAAAGAUUCGUGGCUGGAAGGAGUGGGAGAAUGAAACCUUAUCUGCUGACUAUGAGUUUUCAAAUGAUCCUUCCAGAUUCAGGCUUAGUCACGAGACAUCUUUUGUGAAAGCACACACUAGUUUCUGGACAAGAAUUCCUGUCUUCUUUUAUAUUGGGUGCUUCUUUAGGCAGUUUUUUAGGUCUGUUGGGAAGACAGAUUACUUGACAUUGCGAAAUGGAUUCAUCACUGUCCAUUUAGCUCCAGGAAGUAAAUUUAACUUCCAAAAAUACAUAAAAAGAUCAUUAGAAGAUGACUUCAAAGUAGUUGUCGGAGUAAGUCCAGUGUUAUGGGCAUCUUUUGUGAUCUUCCUACUUCUUAAUGUUAGAGGAUGGCAGGCUUUAUUCUGGGCAUCGUUAAUCCCUGUCAUAAUAAUCUUAGCCAUUGGGACAAAGCUUCAAGCCAUUAUGACAAGGAUGGCUCUUGAAAUCACAGAUAGGCAUGCAGUGGUCCAAGGAAUGCCUCUUGUGCAAGGCUCAGACAAAUACUUUUGGUUUGGCCGACCUCAACUUUUGCUUCAUCUCAUCCAUUUUGUCCUAUUCCAGAAUGCAUUCCAGAUAACAUAUUUCUUUUGGAUUUGGUACUCAUUUGAGUUAAAGUCAUGCUUCCAUGCUAAUUUCAAGCUUGCUGUAGUUAAAGUUGCAUUGGGGGGUGGAGUACUAGUUUUGUGCAGCUACAUCACACUUCCGCUAUAUGCUCUCGUCACUCAGAUGGGUUCACAAAUGAAGAAAUCUAUCUUUGAUGAGCAAACAUCCAACGCCCUUAAGAAGUGGCACAUGGCUGUAAAGAAAAAGCAGGGGAAGGGAAAGUCCACCCGAACUCUUGGUGAAAAUUCUAGUCCAACUCCUUCAUCACUCUCUGGACACACGCUGCGACGUUUCAAAACAACGGGUCACUACACUCUCCCUUCUCAAACCUAUGAGGAUCAUGAUGCAUCUGAUCUUGAAGCCGAUCCAUUAUCCCCCACAUCUGCAGCAAGCAACUUGAUAAUAAGAGUGGAUCAUGAUGAACCAGCAACUGAAAUGCACGAAACCCACCAUGAAGAAGCCACCAGCGAUAAUGAUGAUUUCUCCUUUGCCAAGCCUGCUUCAGUCAGGGAAAUAUGAAGGAAGUGCGGUUUCUCUCAUGCAAACAACACAACAAACAAAACUGUACAAUUUACUUUACAUGUUGUAUUAAGAAAAUGUUGUUAUUAUUUUUUGGAGUCUGGCUUCGAAGUGGCAUUUUUUUGUAUACUAAUUAGCAAGUUUGAGAUCUUUGCAAAGUAAUUCUUUUUGUUGCAUUCAUAUGGGUGUGCUAAUGGUAUACCCACAGCAAAAGUAUCUGCAUAAAUAAAGGGUGUUUCUUAAC